AUGGACCUAUCAUUGUCAUCUAUUGCAAUUAGCUUUGUCAUUAACAACAACCAUGCUUCCAUUGAGUUAUUGACUGGAACAAAUUAUAUGAAGUGGAAACAAGAUGUAGAAUUUGGCAUGGGGAUUGUUGACUUGGACUUGGCCUUACAAGAGGAUGAACCUCCCAAGCCAAAUGAGAGAAGCACUGAAAAUGAAAAGGCUUAUUAUGCUAAACGGGAGAAAUCAAACCGACUGUGCCUCAUUGCUAUGAAGAGGUCUAUUUCUGAGCAUCUCCUUAGUGGGCUGCCUGAAAAUUUGAAUGUGAAAUUUUUUCUAAAAGAGGUUGGUGAAAAAUAUAAGGUUUAUGAUAAGGCUGAAGCUGGAAACCUAGUGAAUGAGCUGACUGAUUUGAGAUAUGAUGCUUCUAUUGGAGUUGGAGAGUUCAUUUUAAGGAUGAUCCAUGUCCAGAAUAAAUUGAAGACUCGUAAUAUUGUUUUUAAUGAUGAUUUUGUUGUGCAUCACAUUCUGAACCGUUUACUUGUUGAAUUCAGUCAGAUAAAGAUUGCUUAA